AUGCCUUUUCUUUCCGACGCCGAGUUCGAGGACGAUGGUCUUGUUCGCAUUCAGAGUGACCUCUUCGAUGAGUAUAACCACCCUCGUCAGAUAUCCGAAGAUAUCGCACAGCCUGUACCCGCCGGUGUCACAGUUGUCAGUAUGGAUGACAAGCUGGAGCUAAACGCCCCCGUUGCUGAUAUGGAAGGUGAAACAAGCAAGCGUGGCAAGCCAUCCCAGUCCCUCUCAGCAUCGCCCGUACAGUCUGCCUCCAAAAGCCCCAAGUCAGCAAAGAGCACGAGCUCUCGCACGCCUAAGAGUGCUUUGAAGAGCGCCGAGAAAAGCAGCGGGCGCAAGCGCAAGGCUGUGGAGAUCGAGGAGCCCAACUCUGAAGGUGAGGAGGAGGAGGAUGUUGAGGAUGUCGCUCCUGCAAAGCGUGGUCGCAAACCUGCCGCCGCUCCUAGCGCCCGUCUUGCUGCUAAGGCCGCCAAGAAGAAGGGACCCGGUCGUCCUGCAGCCGCCAAUGGCACAUCUGCGAAAUCCAAGGGGAAGGCUGGUCGCCCCAAGAAGGAUGCCGCUUCCGAUGUCGUUCCCAAGGGAGAGUAUGAGGUUGAGGCCAUCGUCGACUCGAUGACCGAUGCCGAGACGAUGGAGCACUUGUACUUUGUGAAGUGGAAGGGAUACCCGUCCAGCGCCAACACCUGGGAGCCUAAACAGAAUCUCCAGGGUGCCACUGAGCUCUUGCGCAAGUUCAAUGCCGACAAGAAGGGCAAGAAGGCCGAGGAGGGUGCCGUGAAGAAGAAGACCAAGAAGGCAAAGACCUCUCACAAGGCUGAGAAGGCGGACGAGACCGACAAGGCGGAGAAGGCCCCCAAGGCCAAGCCCGCUGAGAAGAAGGAUGCGAAACCCAAGGGAAGACCCGGUAGACCACCAAAGGCCGGCAAGGACGCGAAGAGUGCGAAGGAGACCAAGGCUCCUGCCAAAGCCCCCAAGAAGGUCAAGGAGGUGAAGGUGCCCAAGGCAGGCACACGCGUUUCGAGCAGGACGAAGGCCUAG